GGCGAACGUUUUCAUUGGCUAUGCUGUAAUUUCUCUAUCAGACAAUGGUUUCUUCAUGAUAAUAACCAUAGAAUAUCCUAAACGUAUUCUAAAAGCCUCUGAGCGAUUGUAUCUAGUCUUUUUUAGGGCUCAUACAGAUCAAGAUGGUUUAAAGACGGAAGCAAUUUUUCCUGUAAAGUGUUUUUUGCUGGUAAUAGGUGCCUCUUGAUACAAUGCACCAGUUUUCAAUCUUUUUAUUGCUAAUUGCUGGUCAGGCAGGGCUGUGCCUCUCAAGCAGUGCUAACUGGAACUGCUCUGAGUAUUAUAACAACAGGACAGUGACAACCUCUCGACUAUCUUAUUGCUACACAUUAAUCAGUGGAGCAACCACCAUUUCCCUUGAAGGUCAAGAUCCGCUCUUAAUGAACCCUCUAUCUUCGAGAACGACUUCUGAGAAAGUACUAUUCUGUGCCAAGGCGGCACAAGGAAGAGGGUUUCGGUCCUUUUCCUUAAAAGAUGGUGGGAACUGUAAAGUGGGCGGCACUUAUAGCUAUUUUAGUUGUAGUUAUAACACAUUUUCUGGCAGCUGCAGCAAUCCAACCUAUCCUUGUAUAAGAUAUUUAACAACAUCGUGCCAAUGUGGCACCAGCAGUGGAUUAGGAAAGUCGAACUACUACAACCGUUAUCAUGUCUCCACCAGUUACGGUUCUUAUCUAGGCAUGUGGUUGGAAGUUGAGGAUGUGUUUAAUAACACAGUAGAGAUGUUUAACGCAACGUCUCCAAAAUACAUUGAUCUGUACAAGACCUACAAGUCAGCGAUUAAAGCAUAUGUUAAUGACUCAAAAAUAUGUGGAGUUAAUCUUAAUAACAUUGGUCCCGCAUUCAUCAGACCAAAGAACGGUCCAGGUCCAAUUCUGUUGCAUUUCCAACUUAUGGUGUCCUUUUUCAAUUUAACGAUCGUGCGCGAAAAAUUGGAACAUUUUCCUUAUCAUACGUUGAACGUAACAGAGUUUAGCAUUCGACRGAUCAGUGGUAAUUGUAAAGAAGACCAUAGGAGGUUAUAUCUAAAUCUUAACGGAGGAACUUCCAUUACAUCACCUAUUGUUCAAAAGAGGAGUGGUUUCCCCCUACGUUAUAGCGUCUCUAGCAGCUGCGUUACGCCUCUUCGUACAAAUGUUACCAUAAAAAUCGCUAGCAUUUCGAAGGACGGCUACAUCUCAAACUUUACAACAUUUUGCAGUACAGAGCUAUUGAAUCUAAUCUCAUUAUCACAUUUUUGCCAAAUUCCCCCACUUUCGCUGAACGAGGGGUUGCAUUAUGUAAUCGGUGAAGCAAGGACGCCACAAGAUCCAAGCAUGCAUGGUUUUGAUUACGUCUUCAUGAACAUUACAAAGGGGGAGUUAUUUGCUCACAUAACCGAGGCUACUGGCUGUGUACAUGUUCUGGGCAUCCUAUCCUACCUCAAUGCAAGUGGUUCCUACGAUAAAAAUGCCUUUGCAACAGAUCUAGAAGCAAUCCGGUAUCCGAAUGAUCUCCGAUAUACAUGGGUUUGUUAUAAGACUGGUGAUUCAAUGACCGCUACCACCCCAACGAAAGCACGAAGUCUUCCCUUCGUUGAAAGCGGUGUCCCAAUAUUAGGAAGAUCUGGGGGCUGUUUUGGAUAUGGGCCAGGUCGAUUGAGAGUGACAACCAGAGCCACGUACUUUGAAAGCAGUCAUUUAACUGUUGGUGAAUACGUGUAUUUUAGGGUGUUCAUUGAGAAAGGUGAACGUUUCGCCUAUGUCACUAAAAGCUGUUUGAUUACCCCUGCACCGGAAAAGUUUGGUGUUCGAUGCAAGUUUAACUGUGGCCCUCUGAUGAAGACAACRGCAAGAAUAGGACUAGAACCAGUUUGUGAAGAUCCCGCAGGAUGUAGUAUUAAAUUGGUACAUUCCUGGAAGUUCUUCGUGGACACUGAGAGAGAGAUAGACAAUGGAGACGGAACAUCUGAACGUGUCUGGCAACCAUAUUACGCCAUGAAAACUUUAACUGAAACCACCAACAUUUACAUAGUUGUGGACAAGCUGAGUUUUGAACAAAACAAAACUUACAGAGCACAGCAUAUCGUGAAGAACGACAAAGGUGGCAUUCGAGUAACGAAUUACAAUUUCACAACCAACACUUUCCCGCACUCCGGUACCUGCGAGGCCGAUAAAACCACACUACAAGCGGGAAUAGACACUGUGAAUAUCACCUGUAGAGACUGGGUUGAUGAGCAGCCUUACUUGAGUUAUGAAGCCUGGAUCGUACCGCAUAAUACUGAGCCUAGAUUAGUAUACUUUGGCAAUUCUACUUCAUUCAAGCUGAGGUUGCCAUUAGGGGAUAGUGCGAAUAAUUUCACACUGCAGAUGGAAAUCAAGAUCUUUGACAUUUAUGAAAGCACUAGCUUUUUUAUGAACUUCACAGUUAUUGAACCAAUUGUAGACGACCCUGUCGGUGCGAUGUUCAAUUUGGUAGGACAAGAGGGUGAUGAUGAAGAUGCAAAUGAACAAGAAACGGCGCAGAAGAGUAUCGCUACUCUCAGUUUACUUGGAAACAACUUCGCCUCGAAUAUUUCAGUAGAAAAUAAAACGCUAAUAAGAAACUCAAUUAUCUCCAAGAUGUCUAAUUUUUCUGCAAACGACACUCAAAGUAUCAGCCAAGUCACCGGGGUCCUGAUCGAUUCAACCUCGAAAACAGACGAGCUUUCCUCGGAAGGACAAAUGCAAUCCAUCCAAGCAGCCUUUGGUAUGUCAGAAUCACUUAAAAAUGACAAUUCAACUGACGACCCGGCGAUAUUCGAGCAAGUUGGAACCACUUUACUUCAUUUGACUGGUAAUGUACUUGAUGGAGCAGCAACGAACAACACCAGCACUAAAGAAUCAGGCGCUGCCAAGGCGUUGGGAGAAACUGCCCUAAAUACAAGCAACACCAUCUCCUCGAUGCUGAUUGGUAAAAUGAUGGGAGGAGAAAAAGCAAAAACUUUUCUUACUCCAUCUCUCGGGCUAGAAAUCUCCAAAACCGAAUCAGAUAAGCUACCUGAAACCUAUACUGUUAAUGGUGGAGGUGUUGAUGUUCCUCCAGUCAUGAAGUCACUGAUUGGUAAAGCCACAGAGUGUACUUCAAAUGAAAUAUGCCUGGCUGCUGAUACUUUUGUCAGCACAAAGAUGUUAUUUUCGAACAGCAACCCCUACACUUGGGGUAACGGCAGCCUUGAGGUAAAGUCACCGGUGGUAAGCCUUGAUUAUCUCACGAACGGUGGUGAUACAAUACCUGUAGGAGGGCUAGACACUGACUUUAAACUCUCAAUUCCAACAAAGCCAACUCCGAAACCAAAUAAGACAAGCGAGUUUCCAGACUUCGUGACACCGAAUACAGACUGCGCGAUGCAUAAAUUCUACAUCGCCAACAAUGACACUGCUUUUGAGACGAUCAUAAAUCCCGUGGAAGAAACGUUCGUGACUGUCUUCGUGCGCCACAACAUGAGACCAACUGAAGAAAAAUAUGAUUAUGUUUUUCAUCAUCCAAAUUUAUCUUCGUGUGUUGAGCCUCCCGAGCGUGACAACUGCACUGGGGUCUUCGAUUUUACAGAAUGCAUGGGUCUUAACCGAACUUCAGAGAAAUUAAGCGACGAGAGGUGCGGAGACGUCACAAUUCCUAAUAUCGGUCCCUUUUCCAACAACACAAACCUAACACUUGGCCAAGAAACAUGCAUAGAUUAUCACAAUGCGGUAACAUGCCCAGUUGUUGAAUGCAAUCUUAACAGUAGUGGAAAUAGUAGUGGACAGAACAUCAGUCAGAUCGCUGCAAUUAAUGGAAACCACAGUAGUCUUUGUGGCAAUCUGACUAAUGGUAAUCAUACUUCCGACAACUCUACGAGCAAUAACAAGACAGAUGUUUGUCAGAAAGUGAAGGAUUUUCUUUAUUGCAAAAACGCAAGCAUGGAGAAGUACGAAAAAUGCAAAGRACUUUUAACAAAGAAGAAACUUAUUUACGGAAAAUACGACAAUUGCUCUGAAAAUAUUUAUCGCACAUUCUUUGGCCUUGACAUUUUUCGACAAGGGGGUUGGUACUAUGCAUCAAUUUGUUAUCCUGCCCGACAGAAACAUGUACCAACGACUCCAAAACCUACGACCCCAAAGCCAACCACUCAAGUGCCAACCACUCGAGUGCCGACGACAGAAGCUGAUGGUGAUGGUGAUGGUGAUGGUGAUGGUGGUGGUGAUGGUGAUGGUGGUGGUGGUGGAGGUUGGAGUAGUGUUACUCCAAAACCUACGACCCCAAAGCCAACCACUCAAGUGCCAACCACUCGAGUGCCGACGACAGAAGCCGAUGGUGAUGGUGAUGGUGGUGGGGGUGGGGGUAGCCGAAGACGUGGGAAAGGGGAAAGGGAUCGGAAGAAAAGGUCUUUUAAUAGAGAUCAAACGAAAUGGAUGAAGGAUGACAUUCUGGAUUCGUAUGAAGGGAAUGUAGUAGACGUUACAGAAGACACAACUGAACAUGACGUUUUUAAAAUUGAUAGAGACAUAGAUUUCACUUUAAAACAUUCAUUGGAUGGGCAUUCGUAUGAUUCCAUAAAAGCAAUCGAUGAGAAAACUAAGAAUUAUUUGCCUUUUAAAAACCAAGUGAGAUCCAAUGGGAAAGAAAAAGAAUUGUCUACCUUCAGUGAAGAAAAAGAUUAUGAUUACGAUGCUUUUCUGGACAGCGAAGAAGAAGCAUUUUACUCUAAUGAUGGUGGGGCCUUUGGGAUGAAUACAGAACCAAGAGUUUUGAUUCGCUCUCGCCGCGAAACGACGCCGCGAAAAUGUGCUGUYGUGGAAGAAAAGCCAGCCCCAACCACCCCUCCACCACCGACUGAUUUUCCUCCAGUGAAGCCACAAGUAUUCAACGCGAGCUCUUCUUUGAACUACUCGUUCGAUACCAACCUUUUUACGUGUCUCUUCUGGAAUGCAACAACAGAAUCCUGGAGCACCAACGGAUGUCAGCCCCACAGAAACUCAACGCCAACAUUGCUCAUAUGCAUGUGUAAUCAUCURACCUCCUUUGGCGCCGACAUGCUGGUUGCUCCAAACCCCAUCGACUUUGAUGAGGUCUUCGCAAACUUUGCAAACCUUGGUGAAACUGGCAACUUCUCCGUUAUGUUCACCAUCAUUGGUCUUUUUCUACUCUAUGCUCUUGCUGUAGUUUUGGCUCGAAGGGCAGACAAGCGAGAUGUUCUUUUGGUUUCCAAAACAAGAGUCGGUUCCAUAGAUCCAAGAUGUGGAGGCCAGAAUUACGAGAUUGCUGUUUCCACAGGAACUUUCMGAGGGUCAGGGACAACAGCUAAUGUAGCCCUUACAAUGAUUGGCGAGAAAGGAACAAGUCAGACAAUUCCACUUGUCGAUGAAACUGGUAGUUCAGAAGAGCUUUUGUCACGUGGUAAUGUGGCGUACCUAAUGGUGAAUACCCCUGAAGAUAUCGGAGAUAUUAACUACAUUCGAAUCUGGCACAAUAACAAAGGGAACGAUCCUGCUUGGUUUAUGAGGCAAAUUACUAUUCGAGAUGUGGUGUCAAAUAAGAAAUGGUUUUUCUUACAUAACGAUUGGUUUGCUGUUGACAGAGCAGACGGGAAAAUCGAUCGACGUAUUUACUCCGCAAGUGAAAGCGAAAAGUCGAAGUUUAAGACACUCUUUUAUUCCCAUACAGCGAAAAGCUUCAGCGAUAAGCACUUGUGGAUCUCUGUAAUUCUUCGGCCACCCUCAAAUCCUUUCACUCGGGUGCAGCGAGUAACAUGUUGCUUGUCAUUGCUUCUCUGUGCAAUGUUGGCCAAUGCGAUGUUCUACCAAAAUGGAGGAGGAUCUGAAGAUACCUUGAAGGUUGGCCCAUUUAAGCUGAGCCUGAAACAAAUCAUCAUAGGAAUCGAAAGCGGUCUUAUCGUGGCUCCAGUUAAUGUUCUCAUCAUAACUCUGUUUAGAAAAGCCCGACCAAAGACAAAAGCAGCAGCAGAUCAGAUGGAUGACACCAAAGAAAAAUAUUCAUCGCCAAAAGACCAACCGAACGAUGGAAAAAAGCGGAAUGAUAAAUCUAGCAAAAGCGACCCAGACAACACUAAUAAGACAAGGAAAGAGAAAGUUAAGAAGAAAGGUUUUCCUCACUGGUGYAUUUACAUUGCAUAUUUCCUGUGCGCCAUUAGUGUUCUCGUCUCAGCUACUUUUGUCCUUUUCUACAGCAUGAUGUGGGGCACAGAAAAGUCCAAUGAAUGGAUUACCUCUGUCCUGCUUUCUCUCAUUCAGGACAUACUUUUAAUUCAGCCGUUGAAAGUCGUUAUCUUGGCAAUGAUACUUUCGGCCAUUUUCCGAAAACCACCAGAAGAGGACCCAGAAGAAGAAUUGGAUACCCAACAACAGAAAUCAGAGCAGCAAACUCCAAAAGAUUUUGGCACCAGUAGUGAUAUAUUCAAAUUUCAUGAUAUUAAUCCAGAGCAAUACGAGCCAUUAGAUUCUGAGAAGGUUGAAGACGCACAGGAUUAUCAGAAUAAGAGGAAUACACUACGAUCAACAAUAAAAGAAAUCGUAUGGCACUUAGUGUUUAUUUUGCUGGUGUCAGUGGCUGUGUUUGGCUCGCAGUCUUCUCAUCGUUAUAAACUACAUGAUCAUUUGGAUAAAGUCUUUUCCAAAACAGAACAGGUAACAACUGCAGAUACAUUCUGGUCGUGGUGUGAAACAGUUCUUAUUCCAGGACUUUACGACAACGACUGGUAUAACGAUCGAAAUUUCACCGACGAGAGAGGAGGAUUUAUUUCAAACAAGAAAGGUCUUCUAAUUAGCAUGCCGAGAAUGCGACAAGUACGAGUGAAAGCAGAGGAAUGUACUGCAACCAGAGAUUAUCCAAAACUCCAUGAGAUGUUCCCAAAGUGUUAUUCAGAUUAUUCAAUGUCGAAAGCAGACGAAUCGUCGCCUUUAACCUCUUCCAAUCCACAGGCGUCUACACUAAAUGAUAGUAUACUAAGUGGGGAAAUCGGCUUUGAGAGAAUGUGCUUGCAGCCCUUCAUGGUCCAGUCCGCAGACAAACUGGGUACUCUUCCUCUAGUAACUGAUGACGCAACAUACUCCGGUAGCGGAAUGGUAGCAGAUUUAGGCUACGAUAAUUCAACUGCUAGUGAAGUGAUUGUCAAUCUCAAAGCAGAUCAAUGGAUUACAAGGCAAACCAGGGGGGUAUUUGUUGAAUUUGUCAUAUUUGAGCCGACGUCUAAACUUUAUGCCUUCGCUCGGUUUAUAUUUGAACAGAAAUCAAUCGGUUCAUUUUUUUCAUCAAAGUCUAUUGAGCCUUAUGCAUUGUAUGGCACGGGCAGUUCGGCUUUGGACUCUGUCAUUCUCGCCAUUCAAUUUAUUUUAAUCAUUUUCAUCUUAGUAUGUUUGGUUAAAGAAAUCAUCAAAAUGGUCAAGCUGAAAAUUCCUUACUUCAAAGACGCCUGGAACAUACAUCAACUAUUAAUGCUUGGAUUUACAAUUGGUUUGGUGGUUCUCACCUUGGUAAGGGAUGUUUACGUAGCAAAUCUUAUUAAGACCAUCCAGGACAACCCCUACGCGAGGAUGAGCUUCGAUUAUGUCAAAUAUGGAACAGACGUCUGGAAGACUAUGGCCUCUUUGGUUGUUUUCCUAGCAACGCUAAAACUACUCAAGCUCCUCAACUUCAAUAAGAAGAUUCUUACUUUUGUUCAAGUGUUGAAACUUUCGCGACCGUUUCUGACUUCAUAUGCAUUUUUCUUUUUCGUCGCGUUUUCUGCCUUUGCGCAGUGCGGGAACUUGAUAUUUGGCCAACAACUCCUAAUGUAUUCUAACGUUAUGAGGUCUUUCGUCAAUGUUUUCCAGAUGGCUUUGGGCAAAGGUUUGUUCUUUCAUGACCUCAAGGAUAUAACAGCGACACUGGGACCAUUGUUCAUCCUUUGCUACUUUUUCGUCACGACCAUUCUCUUGGUGAACUUCUUCGUCUCCAUUCUUAACGAUUCGUACGCCGACGGCUCGAAGAAAAUAGAAGACGACACUAACGAAGAAGCAAUUAUGGCCGCGUUCAUGUCUGCCUAUCUCAAGUCCUCCUUGAAAGAUAUUUCAAGAGACCUUAAACAGAUGCGAUCAAAGCCGGGAAGAGGCAGAGGGAGAAGAUUAAAGGGUCAGAAGGAAAUGGCAAAAACAAGAGAGGAAAAGAGAUUGAAGCAGCUGGAAAACGAAGUGUCUUAUUUUCUUUAUUGAAUGGAUUCUUCCAUAAAAUUGCACCUUGCAAGGCACUCUUAAUUUAGAGUCAUUUCGCAUUAACAUGUAAAACAAGAUUAUACACGAAUCGUUAAAGUCAACUUAUUAGAGAUAUUUACACUUGGGGACCUUUGAGGUGUUUCUUAUCUAUUACCGCAGGGCAUGUUAAUCACAAUUUGUGCAACGCCAAAAUUUCUUACUGUCGUUGUUUUAGGUAGAUUUCGAGCUAUUAAUAUUUCUGGUCUAUGAACUGCUGAAACUGGAGCCAAUGUUUAUUUAGCCAAUGUGCCAGAUUCCAUUGAUUUAAUUAUGGCAUAAUAAAGACGUGCCAUUUUUAGAUAUUGAUCUGUCCAAAAUAAUGAUUACAAUAAGCAAAAACCAACUUCCAAAUUCUAAUCCAAUCUAUCGGUUGCCUUGUAUUUGGGUCCUAGACCUGUAAGGUUUUUUCCACCUCAGAGUGCUAAAGUUGAACAAAUAAACAAGCAGGAAUUUUUUCUCCAUCGGCAUGAAAUCCUAAUAAAAGUAUAUUAUUCUUAGCGAAAACGAAGGAAAAAAUCGUAGAACAAAAGAAGAGGAAGUAGUUGCAUUUAUUUCUAUAUCACUUGCUUUCUUUACUUCAGUCAUCUCUGAGAAUUCUUCAUAGGGAAAACGAAGAAAAUUUGCAGAAGAAAAGGAGAUGAAUCCCCGAGCUACUUGCACUUCUUUCUAUAUCACUCGCUUUCUUUUCUCUGAGGGAGAAGUAAUAAUUUACGAUAAGGAUGAGAAUCACUUGCUAAAUGUAGGCAGAAAGCAAAGAUGCAUGUAAGCGAUAUAAAGAAAAAAUAUAACAAAAGAUGACAUCCAUCAUGCUUUAGUACUGGUCUGUAUUAAUUCACUCACCGAUCACACUGAGAUUUUCAGUUAUACACCAUUAUACAUUUUUCUUGCGAGCUGCACGUUUAUAAAUCACAGACAGUCAAUUACAACAUAAGUAUCCAAGUAGGCGUCGCAGUUUCACGGGUCAACUAUUUAAGCCCCCGUGCUCCUUUAAAAUUAUUAUUGAGAUGGACUGUAUCAUUGAGAUAGACUGAUAGAUUGUAUACCGCUCUACAAAAAAAGUAGUGGACUAUUGGAAACCGUGCGUUCUAAUUGGCUAAGGUACUAUUGGUCUAAUACUCAUACACCACGUUUGAACAAAAAUCCUAUGCAUCUGUCAGUUAAGAAAUGAUAAAGAGUCUAUCGAAAUCUGUUUUUUUUUUUUUAUCCUUUCCUAUUAAGACUAGUUUGUUUAUACUAACUGAUCCUCAUUAGCUCCUCGCUCCCCGUAAGCGAUUAACCCGAAGCCCACUUCCGAGAUAUGCUUCGCUUGUCACGCACAAGGGUUUCAAUGUGAGGAUUCGUGCAUCAUAAUGCUCAGUAAUUCGUGACAGAAGAAAAGAAUAGAUUUAAUUUAGCACGUAGCCUCGUACUGAAAACUUUGUGCGUGACAAGCGAAGCAUAUUUCGAGAGUGGGUUAUUAAACUGAUAUUUGUAUAAUAUUUAGUAAUUAUCAUCCAACAUUAUUACGCAUAUGUACCAUAUCAAAAACAAUAAAGCAAUGCAACAUUAAC